CAAAGCGCUGAAUGAAAUCAGCCGUCCUUCAGCCGCAACCUCUUUCCAAUGGUACCAAGAUGAGGGACCUACGUUGUUUGUGUCUGAUUUUGUCUUUCUUGUGGCAACAGAUGGUGAAGGCUUAUAAAUAUAUGAGUGGUGUUUUUCUAGUGAGUCAUUCAUCGAACCAGCAAGCCACAGACGGUUCCAGGCCACCCAGCAAGAUGGAUGUGAACCGGCUCCAGGAGCAAUAUCACUACUUAAAAGAGAAACAGAAGCUGCACACGCAUGUCGUUGUGUUUAAAACAGGUGGAAAUGGGAGCAUCUCCAAGGAAUCCAUGAUCAGUGCUGUUUUAAUUAACAAGAGUGUGAGAAAAGCAUUGAAAGGAAGAGAGAUCAAAGUGGAUUUGCCCUGUCACGGAAAUGGACAAGACAGUUCACCGUGGCGGAUACACCUUGGUAUCCACCGUCUGGCACAUCACCAGGGACAGCCUUGUGAUAGCAUCCAAAACCAGACUGAACAUAACAUGUGGUCUUGUGAAGAGUCAUUAGACAGCACUGAACCGGCCAUUGCAUUCUCCAUCAAAGAGGAAAAUUCACGCCCUCCUGAAGAGAUGGUCAGUUCCAACUCAACUCGGACAUCAGUAACUUCCAUUUGGGCUUAUUCCAGCCUUAACAUCUCAGCUUCAAAGCCCGUAUCUAGUAAGCUAUCUUAUUACCCUUUCCCUCAGAAGAAAAAUCCCAAGAUUUCUGAAGCUGCAAAGAAACUUGGGUUAUAUGUCUCCCAGUGAAAAUUUUAUAAGAGAAGGCAGUGGUCGGUCUAUCACCACAGCUAAAGUAGCUACAGCAAUUCUUUUUUCCUUAUGCACUGGUAUAAUUUGCCUGAAAUAUACAGGUAGUGUUCCUGUGAGCAUGAGAACUGAUGGACCUACAUAUACUGUUUUGAAUCAAUGUUUCUAUAAGGCAAUGUUUCCCAACCUUGGCCACUUUAAGAGGGGUGGACUUCAACUCCCAGAAUUUCUCCCCCCCCCCACCAUAUUGCUUGAGGAAGUCUGGGAAUUGAAGUCCAUCUCUUUUAAAGUGAUAAAGAUUAGGAAUUAUUGCUCUAGGACAGUGGUUUCAAAUUCAAGACCUGAGGACCAGAUCCGACCCACGGGGUGCUUAGAUCUGGCCCGUGGGACCACCCUGGAAACAGUGAAGGACCAGCCACAGUGCCUCUGCCAGUGAAAACAGAUGUUCUAUUCUCCUUCGCCUCCGUCCGAUUGAUGGCUUAAUUAGCCAGCACUAUCAGCUCUGGUAGCAGAAUAGCCAGCGUCUGCCAAGAGCUUCCGUUAUCUUCCACGAUGCUGGUGAGUCACAACCUUCAGCUCUAGUCAAUCAGUGGAUUUGCCUGUUACAAAGAGACAGAGCAGCUCUCGCUGCCUUUUAUAUCCUGUGGGGUGUGGCUCCAUGACUCAGAACUUCCUAGGCCUGCCCCACCCUUGCUUCUGUUGUUCCCUCCUCUCCUGCCUACGAAACUUAGGGUCCAGCCAGGCCUGAUUGCCAUCUGGGUCUGAAGGAGUGGCCUGUGGGGGGAAAGAGUCAGGGGAUGGAGGCCUCGUUAUUUCUUCCACCCGGUCUGCCUCUGGCUCCUGGAGCUGAGCCAGGGAAGCCGGUGCUCCCGAGGUAAGUCCUGACGGCCCUUCCCCCUCACUUUCCAAGUCACUUUCUGGCAGGAGGGCCGGCUCAGGGUGCGCAGACACAACAACAGAGCUCCAUUUUUGGCUGCGACGACCUCGGGAGGGCAGAGCGCUCAGACCAUCACAGAUGCCAACAGGACUGACGUCGAGCUAGCCACACUCUCUGCCCCCCCCAUCAAACACAAUCCUGAUGGGGCCCUCAAUAAAAUCGAGUUUGACACCCCUGCUCUAGGAGUAUGUAUGCAAUUUUAAGGAAAGAUUAUGUAGAACAGGGAUGGCAACUUUGGCUGGCUGGGAGAAUUUUGGGAGUUGAAGUCCACAAGUCUUAAAGGUUGCCAAGGUUGGAUGCCCCCGAUGUAGAAUUGCAGCUACUUCCACACUUCUGCUUCUCACAUAGGGUGAGAGAAUGCGGAAAUUAUGUUUGCUUCUCAAGGAAUUGUUAUUAUUAUUGCUCAGCUAGCCCAAUAUUCAUUAGAAGAAAAGGGAAAUUUCUCCCCUAAUUCUAUAGAGGGAAAUGCAAUAAGGAAAUGACUGGUCACCUAGUGGCAGAUGCAUGGAGAUACCAGGCAUUGAGAUUUCCCUCCCAGAUUGGAAAUGAGUUGAAUUCAGUGGUGGGAUUCAGCCAGUUCGCACCACUUCGGGAGAACCUGUUGUUAACUUUCUGAGCAGUUUGGCAAACUGGUUUUUUUUUAAAUUAUUUAUUUACAUUUAUAUCCCGCCCUUCUCCGAAGACUCAGGGCGGCUUACAGUGUGUAAGGCAAUAGUCUCAUUCUAUUUGUAUAAAGUCAACUUAUUGCCCCCCCAACAAUCUGGGUCCUCAUUUUACCUACCUUAUAAAGGAUGGAAGGCUGAGUCAACCUUGGGCCUGGUGGGAUUCUAGCCUGCAGUAAUUGCAGGCUGCUGUGUUUUAAUAACAGGCUAUCUUACAGCCGGAGCCACCACGGCCCUUUUGGAAGAAAUUUGGAAGAAAUCGUUAGGGCAAGAGAACCGGUUGUUAAAUUACUUGAAUCCCAUCACUGGUUGAAUUCCACCACUCCAGAUUCAAACCAGAAGCUUGAAUGUGUUGUAUUUUAAUGUCAACCUAUUAGCUAUAUUUUCUUAAAAUGUAUUUUGAGUGAAUAACACUCUAAACUAGCAUAAACGUGUUUUCAAGAUUCACUGUGAAGAGAGAAAAGAACUGCCCUGUGGAAAUUUUCACUGUCUUAAUGGUUAAUAACUGUACCUGUGCAGACAGUCCUUGACUUACAACCCUUCAGCAACUGUUUAGCACUGAAAACAGUGACUUAUAACCAGUCCUUGCACUUAAAGCUGUCGCAGCAUCCUCUCCCAGCUACAUAAUCAAAAUUUGGGUGCUUGGUAACUCCUUUGUAUUUAGGGUGGUUGCAGUGUCCAAGGUUUAUGUGAAUGUCAUUUGUGACCUUCCCAGUGAGCUUCAGAGAAGCAAAGCCAACUGGGAAACCAGAUUUGCUUAAUAGCCAUAUGAAUCAUUUAACAACCGCGGUGAUUCACUUAACCAAUUUCGUUGUAUACAUGAUGUACAAUGACAACAAAGGCUAUACUAUACUAUAACAACUGUGGCAAAAAGGUCAUAUAAUUGGCUGUGAGUCUCUUAACAACUGCUUUGCUCAGCAAGGGAAAUUAUGGUCAAUUGUGAUUGUAAGUCAAGAACUACAUCCAUUUAUUCCAGGUCGGUAAGUAUUUCCUCAUUUAAAAAGAAGAGGGUUUGGUGGGUUAUUCCAAAUAUUCCUAAACACCUCUUUAUUCCUUUUAAGAAUAAAUGAAAUGUGGUUGUUUUUUUUAACAUUAAGUGACAUGACAAUUAGUCUUUCCUUUCAAAGAAUUAUCUUUAGGAAGCAGGAUACUCUUCCCAUUGUGCUGUAUAGCCACAAAAGCAUCUAUCACAAAUAUCAGCCUUUCCAAAAUUAUUAAUGUAGCUCAACUGAGCUAAAUAUAGGCCUCCUUAUAUGCAAGGCAAUCACAUACAUUCUUAGUUGAAAAUGAGUCCAAUUAACUUUAGUAUUAUUUCUCAAUAGACACAUAACAAGGGGAAUUUUAAAUAGCUGUCUGAAUUCGCAAAUUGUGAUAUCAUAUCUAGAAAUCAACAAAGAGAAUACUUUUGUUGAAAGUUGAAAGUAUAUCUUCUCUAAUAUAUCUAAUAUAUCUUUUUUCAGGCUAUACACUCCAAAAUCAACUGAUAAACCUUGAAAUGAUCUUUCUGCGAUCAUUAAACACAGCAAAUGUUUUAUAUUCCAGAUUUACUUUCUGCACAUUACAUUCUCAUUUGCAAGUCAGAAAAGAGAA